GGUGCUUGCGUACCAUCAGCGCAUGUUAGCUAAAAUAAUCAAACAACAACAUUUUACAUAUAUUUCUUAACGCUACUGGAGACAUAUUGCAUUAAUGGAGGUUAUUGGGUCAAUAGAGAAAAUAAACGACCCAAGCCCACCUCUUUCAUCUCUUCGCCUGCUGGUGCCCCCACUGCAGCUUCUGUCUGCUGCAAUGUGGCAGCUGGCGAAGCAGAAAGAUGUGAUGAAUUAUGAGAAGCUGCAGGAGUUUGUGUUUAUGGUGACUGAGGCAGUCCCUGAACUGAUCAACCUCAGGCAGAGAGCCCAGCUCAUUCUGGGUCUAAGAGCGAGGCUCAUUCUGGAACAUUGCAAAGAUUCAGCUCGGGGGUCUGUUGAUUCUCAAUUGAUCCAGAGAUAUUUGGAUAGACUUCCAAUUACGUCUGCAAACACAGAUUACAGGGAUGCUGAGGUGCAAACAACAGAGUCCACUUUCAUUGCACUUGUUCAGAGCCUGCUGAAAGAUCCAGUUGAGAGAGCUUAUUUCUUUCAGGAGGUGUUCCCAGUGGAGUAUGGGCCACAAUUUGAUUCUGCUUUGCACGUGUUAUUGUGGGAGCUGCUCUCAAAAUUGGAGAAGCUGCUUCCAGUACCAGACUUGAAACAGACUGUGACCUGGCUCGGCUCGGCUCCUUCUCUGUUGGAGAAAUGUGUUCAGUCGUCACCUGAAGAGCUGGGCUUAACCUUCAAGCACUACAAAAGUUCGGGACUACUGAAAAUGCCAUAUGGCCCUUCAUCCACCAUCGGUAGCUGCAUCAUGUCUGCUUUAUCAAUUCCUCCGUCGCAAAAGACAAACAUCUCUGCUGGACUGGAAUCAAUCCACAACUACGCAAACAUGCUACAGCCCAUCACUUUAAUUGGACUAGAUGGUUACAGUUUUGUUGCCGUCUAUACCGAAGAGGAAGUUCAAGCCUCUAAAGUAGAUGAAGAAAUGAUCGAGUCAGCUGAAGUGCAAGUUCAAACUGACUUCUACGAGGAAGAGAUAGUGGCUGUUAGCGCAGAUAACGCCAGCGGUGAAGAGGCUACUAACUUGAGGGCGGAAGAAACAAGUGAGACUGUGGAUGUCGCUAAAGCUCUGGACACCCUGACAAAAACGUUUGCCCUAAGGAAGGAGAGCCUCGGCCAAGAUGUUGUUACAGGAAAAAGUAACGAGUCACCUUUUAAUGAUGGGCUUCAGUCAGGAAAUGAAGCAGAUGAAAUAAAAACACAUAAAACGAACGACAAAACAGCAAAGAAAAUAGAAAAUGUUGAAGAGGUGAAGGAGGAUCUUCCUCCUGGAGGCAUAGUGAGCAAUAUAAACCCUUUUACAGACUUGAAUGAUGACCAUGAGUCUUCUGUCCAUGAAGACAUGGCAGAUGUCCUCAGUGAGGCCUCUGAAACACAAGAGUCUUCUCCCGGCUCAGCUAAUGUACGCCGAUCCAAUCGUCUACAAAAGAAGACGUCACCCAAUUGUCAGGAGAUGGAUCAAAUCCAGAGGUCAUCCACGGAAAGCAGUGAAGAACCACAAAAUUGCGCUUUCAAAGCGGAAUCAUCCGUUGCCCCCUCUGUUAUAGCCAUCAAAGGAAUUGACAAAGGUGAUUCGGACGAUAUGACAUCCAUCAUCUUCACGUGCUCUCAGUGUCCCUUCCACACGUCGGACGAUAACAGCCCUGCUCACUUCCACAUGCAGAGCGUUAGCACUGAAGUAUACAGGACUCUCGCAGGAGCCAAAAUGACUCCUUCUCCCUCCAGCACAGAUGAAAUAUUUACAUCCAUUAAACUUUUCCCCAAAGGAAACACACAGGAGAGCAACGCAGAACAACCAGAAAAUCAAAGCAAAGAAAAUGUGACUCCGAGCAAGCAGAAGGCCCUUUCAUGUAACACGUGUGGCAAGACGUUCACACGGCCGUCAGACGUGAGGAGACACCAGCUGACGCACACUGGAGAGAGGCCGUUCCACUGCUCCCAGUGUGACCGAACCUUCCAGCACUCGUGGGAUCUGGCCAAACACGAGAAUAAAAAUCACGGCGCUGCCAUUUCCUUCACCUGCCAGCUGUGCGGGAGCUCCUUCGCCAACCUCCGUGCCCUGACCGUCCACCAUAAGAAGUCUCACUCUAAGGAGAUCCAGCUUCCUCAGAUCUGCUCCAUCUGCAGUCAAAGCUUCGCCACUUCCUCCGAGCUUCACGAGCACAGGAAGUCUCACGUCACCAACAAACGCUACAUCUGCCAGCAGUGCGACGAAGGCUUCGAUUCCCUGCUUGCUCGCUCUCAACACCGAGAGAUGCAUAAAGUAAAGAGUGUGUUUAAGUGUCCGCAUUGUGAGAAAACAUACACACGGAGAUCUGAUGUAAAGAGGCAUCUGUCCACACACACUGGGGAACGACCCCAUCAGUGUAAUCAGUGCAAAAAACGGUUCUCGCUCCGCUUCAUGUACAUGAAACACCUCCGCGUUCACACAGGGGAGCGGCCUUUCCAGUGCUCCCACUGCCCCAAGAGGUUCACGCUUGUGUCUGUUCUGGCCAGACACGAGAGGAUGCACACUGGGGAGAAACCUUUCCUAUGCUCUCAGUGCGGGAAGGGCUUUCUAUCGCAGGGAGAGCUUUCAAAACAUCACAGGUCGCACGUGGACGACAGGCCUUACUCCUGCGAUCAGUGCGACAAACGUUUUAAGAGCAAGAAAACGCAGCAGGAACAUAUCGUCACCCACACCGGCGCCCGCCCGUACCCCUGCACCGUCUGCGGGAAGGGCUUCACCAAACCAUACGCACUGACCAGACACAACCUCAUCCACACAGGAGAGAGGCCGUUCCCCUGCACUCACUGCGAGAAGUCGUUCCUCACCCUCAGCGAGGCUCAGCUGCACCAGCGUAUUCACACGGGGGAGAGGCCGUACCCCUGCAACAGCUGUGAGCUGAAGUUCAAGAGCUCGUCGGAGCUGGCGCGACACAAGAGAAGCCACUCUGGGUUGAAGCCACUGAAGCCGUACUGUGAGCAGUGCAUGAAAACGUUUCCGUCUAAGGCCAAGCUGAAGAAACACAUGGAGAAACACGUGGAAGAGGGUGAGGCAGCAAAGUCUGUAGACCCUUUACAGCCUAAGGAAUCAAAUCAGUAAAUGAAUAAUGGAGACUGUCAUUGUUUAAAAGGAGUGGACUUAUGAAUAAGAAUGUAAACAGGAUGCUUGAGUUCAAAUAAUAAGCUUUAUCACAUUUUAUCAGGAGGGAAAUGUGUCCGCAGCUACAUCUUCACUGUACGGUCUUCCAUCAAGUGUGGACAUAGAUUUGGUACAACCUUCUAGCUUUCAUUACAUUUUUAAACACAUCAUUUUAAUAGAUUAGUUUUUCAUACAAGAAUCUUUUCUCUAUCAUUUUCAUUUUGCUUUAAAGAUUGCAAAUGGAGUUUGCAGAAGUUUGUUUGUUUGUUUGAAAAGAAAAUUACAGGUGUUCAUUAUACACUCCAUUUAUUUCUGUUUUUCUCUGAAACAUGAUAUAUUGCAUUUGUGAGGUGCACGGUUCAAUUUCUGGUUUAAAUGAAUACAAAAAGAAAGCAAAAAAAGGGGACAUCUACCGUCAAUUAUUUUUAAACCCAACCAACAACUCUUAAUUGAAUGAUUUUGACAUUAAAACCAUGUGAUUACAGUGAAUUAAAAAAUGUGCAUGGUAUACUCUAGACAACCCAGCUGCAACUAAAAUGAAAACCUGUAUCAUGUUACGCAAUAAAACAUAUCUUU